UAUCAAAUUAGGACCCCUCGUUUCUCAGAUUUCUGUUCUCUUUCAAACGGCUAUAUAAAUUAACUCUACGGGAACGGCACACAGUUAAAGUUUUCGGCUUUCCACACGUAGAUGCAGUCAAUUCAAUGGCUAAAACGCCUCAAACCUCUUCUCUUGGCCUGUAAAGACAAAGCGUCCAUAGCUAAAGUCCAUGCUCUCAUGCUCUUGACCGGUCUCUCCAUUCAUUUAAGCUGCAAUGGCCGACUAAUAGCGUCGUACGCAAAUAUAGGCGAUAUUGUAUCUGCCAGGAAAGUGUUUGAUUUAUUGCCUCACAGAGGAACAGAUGCGUGGAAUGCAAUGAUCAUUGCGUAUUCACGUAAUGAUUUCCCUGUUGAAGCCGUAUAUCUUUAUCGUCAGAUGAUCUUGGAAGGCGUUAGACCUGAUAGCUCGACUUUUACGGUGGCCCUCAAGGCGUGCACGCGCCUGUCAGAUUUGAAAACGGGGGAGGAGAUUUGGGAUAGAGCAUUGGAUUGUGGGUACGAGUUUGAUGUGUUUAUUAUGUCUUCUGUUUUGAAUUUGUACGCAAAGUGUGGGAAGAUGGAUGAAGCGAUCGGACUGUUUGAUAUGAUGCCGAGAAGGGAUCUUGUUUGUUGGACAACUAUGAUAAGUGGGCUUGCACGGAGUGGCCAGCCAAUAGAAGCGGUUGAUAUGUAUAGGCGAAUGCAAAAGGAGGGAAUGGAAGGAGAUGGGGUUGCUAUGUUGGGAUUGAUACAGGCUUGUGCGACUCUUGGAGACUCAAAAUUAGGUCCUUCUGUUCAUGGAUAUCUAAUUCGAAGAGCUCUUUCUACGGAUGUUUUUGUUCAAACUGGCCUUGUGGAUAUGUAUGCAAAGAAUGGGCAGUUGGAGCUUGCUCAUCGUGUGUUCAAGAAGAUGCCUUAUAAGAGUGUUGCAUCUUGGGGUGCAUUGAUUUCUGGCUCUGCUCAAAAUGGUUUCGCAGGGAAUGCACUUGAAUUCGUGGUAGAGAUGCAGAGUUGUGGAUAUAGACCAGAUUUAGUGUCUCUUUUGAGUGCAUUUUUAGCAUGUUCCCAAGUUGGGUUUUUGAAAUUGGGGAAGUCUAUACACGGAUAUACUUUGAGAAGGUUUGAUAUUGAUCAAGUUUUAGGUACUGCUGCAAUUGACAUGUAUUCAAAAUGUGGAGCUCUUUCUUGGGCCCGUACUCUCUUUGAUAAGAUAGAUUCCAAAGACUCGAUCUCUUGGAAUGCAAUGAUUAGCAGCUAUGGAAUUCACGGUCAUGGGAAAGAAGCUCUGUCACUCUUCCUAAAGAUGACAAAAACAAAUCUAAAACCAGAUCAUGCAACUUUUGCUUCUCUUCUCUCGGCCUUUAGUCACUCAGGUCUUGUGCGAGAAGGUCAAUACUGGUUUAAUCUCAUGAUUAGUGAAUAUAACAUACCUCCAGCAGAAAAGCAUUAUGCUUGUAUGGUUGAUCUUUUGGCUCGUGCAGGUCGAGUAGAAGAGGCUCACAAGCUAAUAGAUUCCAUGAAUACUGAACCAGGGCUUACUGUUUGGGUUGCCCUUCUGGCAGGUUGCUGCAAAAAUGGCAACUUAGUGAUUGGAGAGAUUGCGGCAAAGAAGGUACUUGAGUUAAAUCCUGAUGACUUGGGAAUUUAUGCUUUGGUAUCAAACUACUAUGCCAAGGUGAGGAAGUGGGACAAAGUAGCUGGUGUUAGAAAAAUCAUGAAGAAGACUGGGAUGAAGAAAGUACCGGGGUAUAGUGUAGUGGAUGUGAAAGGGAAGCUCCAUGCUUUUCUCAUGGAAGAUAAGAGCCACAAUCAAUAUGAAGAUAUUAUGCAACUCUUGGAUAAGUUGGAUCAUGAGAUGAGAGCCAUUGGAUAUGCCCCAAAGACUGAAUUUGUCUUGCAUGACCUCGAAGAGGAAGUUAAAGAAAAAAUGUUGAGUAAUCACAGCGAGAGGCUUGCUAUUGCUUUCGGUCUUUUAAACACGGCUCAAGGAACCAGAUUACUGAUCACAAAGAAUCUUAGGAUGUGUGGGGAUUGCCAUGAAGCAACGAAAUUCAUAACCAAAAUUGUGAACAGAGAGAUUGUUGUGAGGGAUGUAAAGCGAUUUCAUCAUUUCAAGAAUGGAAUCUGCUCCUGUGGCGACUACUGGUAAAGUAGACGUUCACAUCUUUGCUCUCUUGGUUGACUUUGUCACAGCUGAGAUGUGAGAAUAUCAGGAGCAAUCUCGCCUCUGCCAGAAAGCGAGUUCCAAAUAUUAUAUGAGGGUAAUGUAAGAGACGAGCAUAUCGUUUGCCACAACCUUUGUAGGAGUGUCUGGAUGCAGCUUGGAAACCGAUAAAGUGUGGCUUCAAAUGUUCAGACUCGACAAUCCAUUGCCAGAUGCUGGUGAAAUUAGUCCAUUGAUAUUCAUCAACCACCCUACAAACUUCCCCUUGACCUUUUAUAGUCUAUACUUCAGCUGAGUUCAAAGAGCAAGGUUUUGUUUACCAUUCGUUGUGAUGGAGUUUAUUUGGAAGCUUGAAAUCUCGAAGGGACACCACAGAAAAGGACAUGGAUGAUUUUUUUUCUUUCUUUAUCCAAAUGUUUUCCUGCAUUCUUAGCAUAGCUAUGUCCUUCAAGCACCUAAAAAAAAAAAACCAAAUCCAACCCAUCACACCGUUCUUCUUCAAGCACCUAAAAAAAAAAAAAAAACCAAAUCCAACCCAUCAUACCGUUCUUAAUUCUCAAUUUCCAGAAAACUUCCGACGCAGUUUGAAGUUUUGCCCCACUUUUCUGAAUGCUUUGGAGUGGGUAUAACUCCUCAGCUCAAGAUUUGAGCUACAGUGAAUCCAAUUCACUCUCCAAAUUUGACGUGAUACUGUUCACAGGCCAAAGGAAUUUUUUAUUCCAAAAUGCGGAAGAACAACCACAUCUGUGUUUCCUCGUUUUUCAACUUCCGGCGCCCCUCUUUCAUUUCCUCUUCCUCCCACCCUCGCCGAACCCCCUUUCCAAUUUGCAUAAGCCCGUUUUCUCCCUUCCCUUCUCUUUCUCUCCCUUUUUCUCUUCCCUUGCCGAACACUCCCGCCUCCCCUUCUCUUUGUUUUUUCUUUUUCUCUCAGUUUCGUUUCUUUUUCCUUCUGUAUUUUUAUCUCGUAGCUUUCUGUAUAGUCGGCAGGGACAGUAUACAAGGAGAUCUGAGGAGAUAUCGACGGAACUGGAAGUGGGGGUUUUUUUUUUCUCUUCAUUGGAGUUUUUGAGCAGUUGAGAGCGAGCGGGAGAAAGUUGCGAUUCGGGGGUGUUUAAUUCGUGGGAGAACUUUGUUUGAAUUUUGGGAUGGGUAUCUUCAGUACCAUAUUGGGUUUUUGGCGGUUUUGGAGUUGGGAUUUCUAUUGGUGUUGUUGCUGGAUAUUUCUUCUUCAUCUAUUUCUAACCCAACGAUGUUCAGGUUUGGAGUUGGAGUUAUAGCCUUCGAAUGCUCUGUUUGGUUGUUGAGAAAGCAAAAGGAAAGGAAAAGAGGGAAAAAAGAAAAAAAAGAAAUAAAUUGGAUUACUGACACGUGAACUAAUCAUGUUGUAUAUUAAGUUAGUUGGAAAAUGCUAGAUCCCCCGCUGGGGGAUCCCGCUGAGAGGUUAUGAAUGAUACUGUCUGAUCAGGAUCUUGUAAUACGUCCCUUGGUAGAGCAAGACUCAGAAACUUUGCAGCGGAUGUUUCCUGAGAUACCACUUUGGGUGAAAAAUCCAGACUAUGAUCUGAGUUGACUGGAUAAACAAGUUUCUUGAGUAUAUGUGGCCAUAUCUUGCAAGGUCCAACUGCUCCUGAGUUUCAUUUGAUCUAUUUUUAUGGAUCCCUACCACCAACUUUUCAAGGUUUGUCUACCUGCAUUUGGAUGCAUUUAGGGGGCUCUCUUGAAGGUGGAGCGGUGCUGGUAGUUAGAGUUCAUGAAGCUCAAGACGUCGAAGGGAAGCACCCUCCUAAUCCCUCUGAAUUGGUUUCUAAUAUGGACUUCUGUGUCCUCUUUUAAGUGUCCUCGUUUUCGCAUUUGUAGGUAUUAUUGGUCUGCAAGGAUGAACUGCUGCUCCCAAAACCGUUCAUGCAGUGUAGUAUUUUAGUACUUUCUCCUGCCAGUGGGCUUGUGAAGGACUUCCCGAGUACUAUUCUAAAUAAAUGACAAACCUUUGCGUUGGGUUUGUUUUGUUUUUGUGAUGUAAAAUUGGGUGCUUAUGCUUUGUAUCUUUUUCAGUUCUUCUAUAGACAACCGCCGGUGGUGAACCCCCAUGGCAUUGGCUGAUGUGGCAGCCCAUAUUGAAACAGGGUUGCAACUUGCAAUGUGGCAUACUUCCACCGAGGGUAAUCCCUUUUCAUUAUUAUAUUAACUUCUCAUAUGCAUGCACAUAAGGGAUGUCUCCGGGGAUCGCAAAUAGACAUUCAUCAUGUAAACUUUAGUGUGGUAAUAUUCAUCAUACUACUUGGUUUUUUUCA